AUGUGGACUUACGUGGACCGCAACUCGGAGCUCGAGCUCUCCCUAAUCGCCCGUCAAGUACACUUAUCCUCCAGGGCUAUCAUAAUAACAGGCGCUGGAAUCAGCACCGCUGCAGGAAUCCCGGAUUAUCGUUCGCCGGAGGGACUGUACGCCAGAGGCGAGCUUUUCAGCGAGACAGCCAUGCAUGACGAGGCGUCGAGAUAUCAGCUGCAAAAGUCUGCUCUGAGCUUCUAUCAGCUUGCAAGGUCCAGUGAGCCAACACGGCUCCACGAACUGAUCAAGGAGCUCGCGAAUAGAGGGAAGCUGCUCCGGUGUUAUACCCAGAACAUCGAUAUGCUUGAAGCCAAGGCCGGCCUCUCGACAGACCUGAACAGACCAGAGGUCGAGUGCGUUCAGCUUCAUGGCUCAUUUCGCCUCCUGCGCUGUUCAUUUUGCUCCGAAACCUUCCCAUUGGAGGCUCACGAGGUCGAAUUCUCGACAGAGGCUGAUCUCCCUUGCCCUCGAUGUAUGGAGUACUCUGCGGCCAGAGAGGCCGCAGGCAGACGUCGCGUGUCGGUCGGCAUUCUUCUACCGGAUAUCGUCCGAAUCGGCCAACAACAACACCCAUCCGGAGAAGGCAUCGCGGAAAUCAUUCACCGAGAUCAGGCAGCGAACUCAAAUUUGCUCUUUAUUGUUGGCACCAAACUCGAGCUCGAUGGACCGAAGCGGUUAGCGAAGCUUUUCGCGAGGGAUAUGAGAAAGAAAGGAGGGAUGGUAGUGUAUGUGAACUUGACGGAACCGCGAGCCGUGUGGAGGGACCUUGUCGACUACUGGGUCAAGUGGGACUGUGAUGAAUGGGCAAAGGAUCUCGAUCAGCGUCUGUUCAUGUUCCGGAUUAGGCGCCAGAUUUACUGGCCUAGUGUUGGUUCGAGCAGCAAGCGUCCCAUCCUGAUAGAUUAA